UCAGAGAGUGGAUCAGCCAUCACUGCCUCCUGUAUUGGACUGGACUGCUCACUCUCGCCUCCUGCUGGUCAAGCUGGGAAGUCAGUGCCUGGAUACAAUGUCACUGUGAUUGAUGAUGACAUGGAGCCUGUGUCACCUAGAACCCUGGGAAAUAUCGUCGUCAAGCUUCCACUACCCCCAGGAGCAGCCUUGUCUCUGUGGCAGAAUGACGACUUGUUCAGGGAGCUCUACUUCACCAAGUUCCCAGGUUACUAUGACACCAUGGACGCAGGCUUUGUGGACGAGGAGGGCUUCCUGUACAUCAUGUCGCGGUCUGAUGAUGUCAUCAACGUUGCCGGGCACAGGCUGUCAUCUGGGGCACUGGAGGAGGCAGUGCUGUUGCAUGCUGGUGUAGCAGACUGUGCUGUGGUGGGAGUGGAGGACUCACUGAAAGGCCACGUGCCACUGGCUCUGUGUGUGCUGCGCAAUGACUGCCAGAAGAGCCAGGAGCUGAUGUCUAAGGAGAUCGUGGGCCUGGUGCGGGAGACCAUCGGGCCGGUGGCCGCCUUCCGGAAGAUUCUGUUUGUGAAAGGCCUGCCCAAGACGCGCUCGGGGAAGAUACCACGCUCCUCCCUUGCCAACCUCGUCAACGGGAAACCAUAUAAGAUCACACCUACCAUAGAGGACCCUGAUGUCUACAAGAGCCUUGAAAAGACAGUGCGAGAGGGAUUGGGGCAUUGAAAACACACACAC